GCAGAGUUGCCUCAGCCCCGAACGCCCAGUGGCGGUGAGCGGUUUGCUAGGCGGGCGGCCUGGUAGAGCAAGGCCGUGAGGGGCGGUGGUGUUGCCUAUCCUGCUGCAGGGGGCGGCGGGGCCUCUGGGACACCCCGGCGAAGCGCGGCCUGUGGGGUUCUGUUGAGGCUGGGGCCGGCGGGAGGGGAGCGAGUGGGGCGGGGCCGGCGGGGGAAGCUGCGAAGCUGACCCGCCCGCCGCUGCUAGGACUCUGGAUGAGGAGUCGGGGAAGAGGUGCGCGACUUGCAGCUAACGUAGCUGCGCCUGCGACUCCAACACCGUCCUAAACGUCUGGAUCAGCACGUGACUACCAUGGCUGCGGGAGUCUUGCCUCAAAAUGAACAACCAUAUUCUACUUUGAUGAAUAACAGUGGGUAUGCUGCAAACAUGAAAGGAAAUUCAGGACGUCCAACACCAAAGUAUACAAAAGUUGGAGAGCGUUUACGGCAUGUCAUUCCUGGACAUAUGGCCUGUUCCAUGGCAUGUGGUGGCAAAGCUUGCAAGUAUGAAAAUGCAGCCCGCUGGAGUGAACAGGAGCAAGCUAUUAAGGGGGUCUACUCGUCCUGGGUCACUGAUAAUAUCCUGGCCAUGGCACGCCCGUCCACUGAGCUCCUCCAGAAAUACUGCAUCAUCGAGCAGUUCCGAAGCCAUGGCAUAAAAAGUAUCAUCAACCUGCAGCGUCCUGGUGAGCAUGCCAGCUGUGGGAGCCCUCUGGAACAAGAAAGUGGCUUCACAUACCUUCCUGAAGCUUUCAUGGAGGCUGGCAUUUACUUCUACAAUUUUGGAUGGAAGGAUUAUGGUGUAGCAUCCCUUACCACCAUCUUAGAUAUGGUGAAGGUGAUGACAUUUGCCUUACAAGAAGGAAAAGUAGCUAUCCAUUGUCAUGCAGGGCUUGGUCGAACAGGUGUUUUAAUAGCAUGUUACUUAGUUUUUGCAACAAGAAUGACUGCUGACCAAGCAAUUAUAUUUGUUCGGGCAAAGCGACCUAAUUCCAUACAAACCCGAGGACAGCUACUAUGCGUAAGGGAAUUUACUCAGUUUCUGAUUCCUCUUCGCAAUAUAUUUUCUUGCUGUGACCCCAAGGCACAUGCUGUCACCUUAGCACAGUAUCUCAUUCGUCAGCGGCAUCUGCUUCAUGGCUAUGAGGCACGAGUUCUGAAACACGUACCCAAAAUUAUCCAUCUCGUGUGCAAAUUGUUGCUGGACUUAGCUGAGAACAGGCCAGUAGUGACGGAAGAAGUGGCAGAAGUACCUGGCCUCUCUGCUGAAAUUGAAAAGACUGUUUCUGAGAUGGUCACAGUGCAGCUGGAUAAAGAGUUACUGAGACAUGACAGUGAUGCAUCGGACUCUUUCACCCCCAGUGCAGUGGUGGCAGAUUUUGAGAGUCAGGAUGUGAUUCUUUCCAGUGAGCAAGAGUUUGACCCUCUUUGGAAGAGGCGGAAUGUUGAGUGCCUUCAGCCCCUGACUCGUCUGAAAAGGCAGCUCAGCUACAGUGACUCGGACUUAAAGAGAGCCGAGUCACUUCUGGAGCAAGGGAGGACUCCGUGGACAGUGCCUGCCCAGGCCUUGCUUUGCCAUAACCCCAGGCAGCAGAAGCACAUAAGCCAUUGUUACUCCCCACAGUCUCCACAGCUAGAUUUAAAUAAGGAAACGCUGGUCCACGAUACAUUUUCUUUCUGGAAUCAUGCUAAAUUUGGAGGCCUGGAAGGACUCAAAGAUGACAGGUCAUCAAUUUUCCAUAGGACGAACAUUCCAAAGGAAGUACAGCGAAGUAGAACCUUCUCUUCCGGUAUUUCAGGUUCAUACAAUCCUGGGGAACCAGUUACACCAAAUUUUGCAAAUAUCCCUAAGGAACUAAACUGUUCUCACCAGCAAGUGUCCCACUGUGAGUGUGAAACUCGUGGUGGUUGUAGCCCAAGCUCCGUUGCGGAGGACAGUGAGACUUGCCACCUCCCCGUGGACUGUGCGUCCAGUCCCAAAGCACAGUUCUUGGUUGGACCUGAAACCCGGGAUAGCAAAUACCUGUCUGAAGUUGCUCCAUACACGGCUUUACAUUCUGACUUGAGUGUUGAAGCAAGGAGAAUACUGGCAGCCAAAGCCCUGGCAAAUUUAAAUGAGAUUGCAGAAAAGGAGGAAGUGAAAAAGAAGGUAGAAAUGUGGCAGAAAGAACUAAAUUCCCGAGAUGGAGCUUGGGAAAGAAUAUGUGGCGAAAGGGAUCCUUUCAUCCUGUGCAGUUUGAUGUGGUCUUGGGUGGAGCAGCUGAAGGAGCCUGUGAUAACCAGAGAGGACGUGGACAUGUUGGUUGACAGAUCUGCGGAUGCUGCAGAAGCACUGUUUUUAUUAGAGAAGGGCCAGCAACAGACUAUUCUUUGCGUGUUGCAUUGCAUAGUGAGCCUGCAGAUGAUUCCUGCCAACGUGGAGGAAGCCGUUCUUGCACGUGCCAUUAAAGCCUUCACUAAGGUUAAUUUUGAUUCUGAAAAUGGACCAAUAGUUUACAACACCCUGAAGAAAAUAUUUAAGCACACACUGGAAGAAAAAAGAAAAAUGACAAAAGACGGCCCUAAGCCUGGCAUUUAGUGAAGCUGACUUUCCCCUCGUGAAUAUUUCAGACCUGAAGAUCUAAAUGGCAUUUCUGCUCAUAGCUGAACAAGCUGAAAUGUGGAACUGCUUCGUCUCAUAGCACUUUAUUUCAGAUGCUCUUGGUUUGUGCUAAGAAUGCUUGUUCCUGUUUGGAGCAAUUAUUUAUUUUAAAAUAUCCUUGAGUUACAUUUUUGUGUUGAAAAAUUGUCAUAAAGUUGGUGCCACUUCUUUUAUUUAUUUAACUGGAUUAAUAUUGUUGUAUUAAUAUUUUAAGAAUGUGGUGUUUACAUCCUUAUUCUUUUUGACAUUUUGGAAAAAGUUUUAACUCUUCUUUCCAAAACAAUUAUCUUACUGAUGGAACUCUUCCUAGAGUUUUUACCAAAUAGAUAAUUUUAGUAGUAAAACUUCACUGUGUGUCUAUUCCCCAAUACACGACCUAAGGAAGUCACCAAGUGUCUUAAACUGUUUUAUAUUUGUUAAUAAGGCAAUUGACACAACAUUUUUAAAGGAUUUUUUAAUAUUUGUUUGAAUUUGUUUUUUCUUUUUAUAGAUGUGGCAAAAUGUAUUAUUUUUCAGAGUGAUUUAGUUUUAUGUUAAAGGAUUGACAGUGCAGUGUUUGAGACUUAUUACUGUAGGAAAUAGACUUGCUCUUUGUCAGGCUUCCAGACAACCUCACUGACCUCUGCUGUCACAGGCGGAAGGAGCAGUUCUCAACACAUCAAACCUUAUUCCCACUCCCCUGGGCUGUUGCUGAGCUGAGCAGCAUCUUUACAGAGAAAGUGAGAUCAGUGACAGGCAGUAUGGGAAGCUGCAGGACUCCAGCAGAAAGAACUGUCUUACAGGGGCGGGCACCCUAGCCAUAGCUUCUCCCCAGAGGCAGUUCUGUUUACGCGGAUGUUGUGAUAGCACGAGCACCAGCCCACACCUCCUAAGUCUAUCGUUCCAUAAACCCAGAUGCCUCAGGGCCCUAUCUUUGGCUGCUUUACUUCUGUGAGAAUUAAGAUUUUUAAACUGAAUUUGAUUCAACGUAGGUUGCAUUCAUUUGGAUAAGAGGAAGUAACUGCUCAAACUAUUUUAGUUCCUUAUAAACCAAACUAUCAGCAAUUGAAGCCAUUAAAUAUUAUUUAAAUGAAUAUGUGGGGCACGAGAAGCCAAGCCACAGAACAGAUAGUAGUUUUUCCCAAUAAAAGUGAUAUUAAACCAUUUUCUAACUAAAGCUACUACUUAAUCUUAAAGACAGAAUUUCAGGGGAAGUAAGGCUAAUUUACAACAAAUGAGAUUUCUCCAACUUGUGCUUCUGAAUCAAGCUCUAGCACAUCAAAAAUAUUUUAGCCAUUAUUGGUCUUACUAACUCGUGUGGCAAAUGCCAAAUGCCACACUGUUUGAAUUUUUUAGGAAAUCAAAUCCAGUGAAUUUUAAUGAACUGAGUUGCCCAUUCCUGAAAUUUCUUAUUUUCAAGUGCCUGAUCUGGGAAAGAAGGGGAGAGAACAAUUACAUUUAUCCAAAGGUACAUUAUAAAAAUACGUUUUUUACCUAAAAAGAUGUUUAUCCUCAUCUCAGUCAGUCUCACAUGGGCAGGCACCACCAUGGCUUAUUUGACAAGUGGCUUUUGGCUUGUGUGUCUGAAAUGAUCGUUUCAAAUUAUAGGAUAGAUCCUGCACAGCCAUGAUGUGACCGCAGCAGUGCAUGUCUAAAAUCUAAGUGCACCAGCCUGUAAAAGAGAGAUGGUGGGAGAAAUUAAUCAGACUGUAUACAGUUUUUGUAUUAAUUUGAAUAAAAGUGGGGGAAA